AUGAAGGAGAGUGAGGAAUCACGAUUUCUAUUUUUUAUCCGGCACACCCUUAUAGAUUUCGUUGCAAUAUUUGAAUAUAUAUCACCCAAAGUGUUAGCUCGAGAUAUGUCCGAAAGGUCUUAUAUUGUUGAAUGCCUUUUGCCAAUAUUUCGAUCUUUUAGGAAUGCAUUUCCCGAAGUUAGAUACGAAUGGAUUGAGAAAGAUGUCAAAUCCUUAAAGGAUGCCGGCAAUAUGUUUGCAAUUAACGUAAGGGCUCGGAUAACUGAUCUGUUGAUCAUGAGGCUGUCUGAUGGCAGGGAAAUUCUACACAUCGAAGAGUCCGGACCACCCUACAAACCAGAAAAGCAACAUACAGUUGGAGACGCAAAAAAAUUACUCAUGAUGGCCGUUUGUAAUUUAUGUAGAAUACUAGCAAAUAAUUUUUAUUGCCCGCUUGAUGAUGCCAAAAAAGUUAAAUCAUAUAGUAUUCAGGCAAUUGGAGAUCGAUUAACAUUAUUUUCCGUAUCGCUUGUUGACAAGAAAAAAUAUUUGGCCAUCGAAUUGGCCUCGUGCAUGAUUCCCUUUUCGAUUAGAACCAUUGGAUACUACAAACAAAUCUUUAAUUUUUUCAAGAUCAUAAGGAAUGAAUUUAUCGAACAAGAACUUUUAGAAAAAAUUAGUUAUUUUAUGCCCUUGGCCAAUAAUGAUGCCAAUAACCUACGAGAGUGGAUACAUUUACCAGACGAUGAUCUAAUACCCGUAACGGAAGAGGAAAUAGAUGAGCUCUCUUUAAAUCAUAAUUAA